AGUAGUAGUAGUAGUAGUAGCAGUAAUAGUAGUAGUGGUAGUAGUAGUGGUAUUAGUAGUAGUAGUAGUAGUAAUAGUAGUAGUAGCAGUAGUAGUGGUAGUGGUAGUAGUCGUGGUAGUAGUAGUAGUGGUUGUAGUUUUAGUAGUAGUAGUAGUAGUAGCAGUACUAGUAGUAGUAGUGGUAGUAGUAGUGGUAUUAGUAGUAAUAGUAGUAGUAGUAGUAAUAGUAGUAGUAGCAGUAGUAGUGGUAGUGGUAGUAGUAGUGGUAGUAGUGGUUGUAGUUUUAGUAGUAGUAGUAGUAGUAGUAGUGGUACUAGUAGUAGUAGUAGUAGUAGUAGUGGUAGUAGUAGUAGUAGUAAUGGUAGUGGUAGUAGUAGUAGUAAUAGCAGUGGUACGAGUAGUAGUAGUAGUAGUGGUAGUAGUAGUGGUAGUGGUAGUAGUAGUAGUAGCAGU